AUGUCGCAUGGCAGAAAAGCAUCAAUAACUACGAAUAAUAAUUCUCAACCGCCUCCUACGCGUAUCUUACGUUCGUCAAGAAAAAGAAAAAAUGAAGAAGCGCAAGAACCACCAGUGUUAGUUAACACAACAACUAGAGACAAAGUUGCAGCUAACGAGGCGACGACAUCUCAGGAAGUGGCCAACGUAAACGGUAAUAAAACCAAAGCAACGGCGACUAAUAAACCUAAGGCGCAAAGAGGUGGUCGAAAUAAGAAACGUAAAGUUGAAGAUACAGAUGAAUCAUUCAAUAACGAGCUACAAAAAGAGGAGGAAAAUAAUGAUUUACAAGCUAAUGUUCAAGAAGUACAAGAAGCAGUAAAUCAUACUGAUUUAAGAGAAAAUAAUACAAAAGGAAAAGGAAAAAGUCAUGAAGGGAGCACAAUAGACUUAGAAAUUACUAUACAAAAGAAAGAAGAUAACACUUCUCAAGAACUUCCAAAAUCAAAAGAACAUAGAGGCAGGGACAACAAGGCUCCACAAGAGGAGGAUAGCUCGGAACAACCGAACAUCACACAAAUCAAUGAAAAUAAUGUUACUUCUCUUCCUCAAGAUACACCGAAUCAACAAGAAGAUAAUAACAUAGACGCUGAAAAACCAAAUGGAAAAGGUCGUAGAGGCCAAAAGAAGAGGACAAGAAAUGACGACGAAACCAACAUCGAACAAAAUGAGCGUAUUCCAACCAAUGACGACGACAUUAUUAUUACUAGUUCACAUAAUACUCGCAAUGCAGCAAAAAAACGCAAGAAGAAUAAUACUGACAACGGCGUAAAAUUGGAAAAUCCUGCUCUCUUAGAAGAACCACGUACUGAUUCGAUGGAAAUUAAAGAGACUGUUGCUGCUUAUUUAACCACAAAUCCAAAAUCCGAGCUCACAGGAAUCGACAUGAAGUUUUUUAUGAAAACGAUUUUCUGUGAGAAAAGGUAUAAAAAAUUUACCAAAGAACAAAAAGCACGAUUGAUCGGUUUGGUACCUUCCGUUGAUAAAGUGCCGAUUAUUAAAAAUAAUUCAGAGAAAGGCAAAGAAAAAAUGGAAAUAGACGAACCAAUAGAAAUUGAUGAACAGCUUGAACUUGAAUAUUUGAUGAAAUAUUCGGAUCAAGCGGAAAUUCCAAAUGCAUCCUCAUCAUUUGAUAUUACAUCUUUUGCUUCAUCAUCCAAGGAUAUCGUGACAGUUGAUAGUGCUAGUUUACCAGCCGAAAGUGCAGCUGAUACUGAUGCUUCAGAUAUCGUGAAAGUUGUUGAUCUAACAGCCGAAAAUGCGGAGAUUGUAACAAUUGAUGGUGCAGAUUUUCCAGCUGAAAGUGCAAAUUCAGUAUCUUUUAAAAUCGAAGAUCACGGAAAAGGACUUCCCGCUGUUGCCGCAGAAUCUACAACAAUUAAUAACAAUAAGCGUCCAAAGGAAAAGAUUCGCCAAUAUUUUUUCAACGAUAUGCAAUUUUACGGAUGUGUGAAGGCGUUCAAGGAAAAAUUGAGUUGGAAUCAUUUUGAUCCUAAAUGGAUCAAGAGAAAUCAGGCGAAUCAAAAACGUCUCAAAAAUAUCAUGGAUGAAGAUUGGAAGUGGGGUCAUAAUCUUGUGUCAAAAUCGCCACUACUAGCUGGUGAUUCUGCUUCUCUUAGUCUCCAAGAUCUUUGUAAAGCUGCCAUUAUACGAGCUGGUGACGAAUUGCAUUAUAAACGCACGUUUAAUAAAGCCAAUGCAGUGGUUGAAGGCGUGGUAAAGGUAAUAGACAUUAAGCCUGAUGGUACAAUGUAUGUCGUCAAUCAAUCAAAAACUCCUCAACAAUCACCAGCAAAACAACCAGCGAAACGCGGAAGUAAACCCAAAGAUACUACCACUGUUCAAACGCCAGUCAUUGCCAGUUCAUCCUCUACCUUUACCACAAACAACACUACAAUUGAAACACCACUAUCCAUCACUACAAUUUCUUCUCUUGAAACCAAAGUUCUUGAUGAUGAUGCUCGCGUCAGCAAACAGCAACGACCAAAUGGAAACGCUUACAAAAGUUUUCGACUUGUUCGAGCUGGACGUAACCUUGGCACUAUUUUCGCUUUACGCUCUGAAUAUUACGAAAAAACACACAGAUUAAUUAUAUAUUGA